UGACGAGCCGUUGCUUGUGGAAACAGCUGGUGGUUUCUGUCAGCGAACACUUCGGAUUGACAGCGACAUUAGCAAGAAUAAAAGUUCAAAUUAGACUCGAAACUGACUGAAUGCGCUUUGAUUUGACCCUGCGCUGCUGUUCCACCAGACGCCGGGACAUGUCAUCCUGUGAACGCCACUUUAUCAGGCAGUUGUUAAUUAACGACCUAGCUUGUUAGCGGCGAAUCACUGAACGCUCGACGCAGCCGGUUGCUAACGCCAGCUAGCUAACUUUAUACUCCCAUAGCAACUAACGCGAUACAGCCUCUCUGUCGGUGCAGGGAAACUGUCAGCCGUCGCUCUCCUGGCAGUGUAGGACGAGUUUUUUUGCUCUGUUUCAGCAUGACUCAUGUUCAUUAUAAAUUCUCCUCUAAACUCAGCUACGACACGGUGCUUUUUGACGGCCCGCACAUCACGCUGAGAGAUCUGAAGAGGCAGAUCAUGGGCAGGGAGAAGCUCCGAGCCGGGGACUGCGACCUGCAGAUCACAAACGCACAGACCAAAGAAGAGUACACAGACGACGAAGGUCUCAUCCCCAAAGGCUCCUCUGUCAUCGUCAGGAGAAUCCCCAUCAUCGCAGUCAAGUCCAGCUCAAGCAGCAAGAACCACAACAUAGAGCGAUCAGACAACCAGCAUCAUCACGCCUCUGGAGCCAUCAAAGCAAUGGAUGACCACAAUUCCUCCAGAGCCUUACCCUUUUUCUCCAAGAUGACUAACCUGGCUCAUGCGGAUGUUUCGGAGGACGAUAAAAUCAAAGCUGUGAUGAAUCAGUCCGCCUACGAUUCCAUGAGUUACACCAAGAAGUUAGGUGCUGUUCUUCCUGCGAACUAUGCCUGUUAUCGCUGUGGAAAUACUGGACACCACAUCAGGAACUGUCCCACCAGUGGGGAUAAAAAUGUCGAGGCUCCUCUGAGGAUUAAGAAGAGCACAGGCAUCCCUCGUUCCUUUAUGGUCGAGGUGGACGAUCCCAGCAUAAAGGGGGCCAUGCUGACCAACUGUGGACGUUACGCCAUUCCUGCCAUAGACGCGGAGGCAUACGCCAUCGGCAAGAAAGAGAAGCCUCCGUUCAUUCCACAGGAGCAGCCAAAGUCAGAAGUCGAGGACGAUCCCGUACCUGAUGAGCUCCUCUGUCUCAUCUGUCAUGACCUGCUGAGUGACGCCGUGGUCAUACCCUGCUGUGGAAACAGCUACUGUGAUGACUGUAUUCGAACUGCCUUGCUGGAUUCAGAGGAACACGUCUGCCCCACUUGUAGCCAAUCAGAUGUCUCCCCUGAUACCCUGAUAGCCAAUAAAUUCCUCCGACAGGCUGUGAACAAUUAUAAGAAAGAGAGAGGCCACACCAAAAACCUGAGAGGAGUGUCUGGCACCUCCCAGUCCCUAAAUCCAACCCCAAUACCGAGCCCUGUCCCCACCCCGCCCCCUAUCGCCACACAGAGCCAACCCCAGAAGCCCCACCAGUUGACCCACAGUCAGCAGCCUGCAGACACGCCGCCGCUGUCUCAGGUGUCUGAGGCUCCUCCUGCAGUAACAGGUCCCACCUCUGCUUCCAGCAUACCUAGCACUUCCCUCCAACCUGUGCAAAGCCAUCUGGAGAUACCCGACAAGGAGGCUGAAGGAAAGAAACAUAAUGACUCAGUGCCUGCUGCUGUCCCUUCUGUACUGGUUUCAAACAAAGACCCCAUUGCUGCUCCAUCACAGCUGAUACCACUGGUUACUCACACUCCAGUGGCAGACCAGCUCCCGUCAGUCAGUGUAAAUCCGCAGCAGUCCUCUUCAGGUCCAGCACCAAGACACUCUGGGCCAUCAACCUGCUGGGACGGCUCCUCUUCCUCCUCAGGUUGUCCCACCGUAGGCUGGACUGAAUCCAACACCCAGCAGCUCCCUCCCCUCUCCUCCUCCUCCUCCUCAACAUCAUAUUCAACUACUCCACCUCCACCUCUCUUCCCCUCCCCCCAUUUCCACACGUUCCUCUCGGCUCAGCAGCCCCUCAGUGGUUUCCCACCUGGAUACCCACCUACCACGCCCAUUUGGACGCUCCCAAACCCCCAGGGUGCCCCCAUCCCUUCCCUCUGCUCCUCCACCUCCUCUAUCCCUGCCCUCAUCCCCAAGGAGUGGUUCAGGCAUCAAGGAAAGAAGAAGGAAAGGUCACCUCACAGAGGAUCUGCCUACAGACGCUCCUCCUCUCGUUCUAAUUCCAAGUCUUCUAAGUCCAAGUCUUCUCGCUCCUACUCUCGCUCUUCAAGCAGGUCCAGAUCUCGUUCCCGGUCCAGAUCCCAAGGCAGAUCAAGGCCCCGCUCACCUUACUCCCGCGCCAGAGACCUCCAUUCUCGCUCUCAUCCCUCCCGCUCCUAUAGCUAUGGUUACAAACGAUCACGCUCCCCCACGCCAUCCUCAUCAUCGUCACCUCGAGUGGGUCACCACUCCAGGUCCAAGUCACCGUCAGAUCACCGGAAAAGACGUCAUCACAGCAAGAAGUCAGCCUCAAGCAGCUACAGCUCGAGGAGGGGAGGCGAACGCUCAUCCACAUCAGGUCUCUCCCAGAGGGAAGCAGGAGGCUCGUGGGGGAAUUUAGUCACUCACCCAUAUGAUCUGCAUGUAAAUCAAGACAGCAGCCUGGAGAUGGACAGAGAACGCUACCUGCAGUGCAAAAAGGAAUACAAAGAGUGGUGUGAGAAAUAUUUCAGCAGCUAUGUCAGCCACUUCCACCAACUGCCCCCUUCCCUCCUCACCCUCCCUCCUCCUCCUAAUCCUUAUUGGGGGGACAGAGAAGGAAGCAGAAAUCACUUACAAGGCAACUUGGACUCCCGCUACGGACUCCAAGGUAGACGCACCGCCCGGACGGACGGCCACUCCCAUCCAUCUCAGUCGUCCAGUGACAGCCGCUCCUCACCAUCUCAGUCUUCAAGUGACAGCCGUUCCCCUCCAUCUCAGUCGUCCAGUGACAGCCGUUCACCUGCCUCUCGGCCGUCCAGUGACACCAGCUCUGCACCAUCCGAAGAAAGAGCUCAUCAGACGAGGUGCGCUGAGAAGGACAGCCGCCUGCCAGUCAGACCAAGAGAGGGUAGUAAGCAGGUGGAAGUGCAAGAAAGAAGUAAAGACAAAAAGCAGCUAAUCUCUAAAAAUUUGGAAGACCUCAGCGCCCUGGAACAUGCACAAAAGAGGAUGAGGAAGCAUGAGGGAGGUAAAGUAGAGGAGUCAUCAUCCCUUGAUGCUGCAGACUCAACAGAUGACAGCAGAAACAACAAGAGGAGGCACAACACCAGACCAAGCGAUGCCAGCGAUGUCGUAGAUUCAGUCCAAGUUCCUCUGAAACCAGAUAAACCUUCGGAUAAAAACUAUGAAAGAAGAAGCAGAGAGCAAAGGAAUUUGGAAAGAGAGAAAGGAUGGCGAAGAGGCAGAGAGUCAGACUACAGGCAGGAUUUGGAGAGACAUCACAAAGUGAAGCCCAGUGAAGAGGCAGGCAGGGUGGAUACAGACAGGGCGAGAAACCCUGGAGGCAGCAAAGCUUCUGACUCUAGAUCAGAGAAGAAGAGAAAGAGGAAAGGAGAGGGCGUGGAGAGAAAUGAGAGAGAGAGAAGUCCCAGCGUAAAGACUCAAAGCAGCAAAUGCCUGAAAACCAAAGUCACGGAGGACGCUGAAACCCGCAAGAGUGAAUCCCCAAAACGAUUUGACAGAGAGACCCCACAAAAGGAGAAGAAAAAGGAGAAGAAAACAUGGCCUCUAAAAGAAAGAGACAUCUGGGAGGGAGAGAUAGUGAAGGUGAAACCACAGAAGAAGAUAAGUAUCAACAUCAACCUGGAUGGGAAAAGGAAGGAGGAGAAAAAUGAAAAACAGGACCUGUCUUACUCAGAGAUGAUUGCAGAAAAAUCAAAGGAAGGGGUUGAGAAGACGGCUACUGGAGAGGAGGAGAGGUUAAACAGAGAAACAGAAAUUAUAGUAAACGAAAGGAAGGAAUCUAGUGAACAGAAAGGUGUGCUUGAAGAAAAAAUAAAACCAGAUGAAAAAGAAGCAAGAGAGAUGUGGGAAAAAGCCACCUUCAGGGAUGACAAGGGAGAGACGUGGGAGAAGAUUGCCAGAGAGGAGGAAGACAUCAGAGAGAAGAAAGGGGACGGAGAAGAGGAGGACUUUAACUUAUGGCAUUGUGCCCUUAGAGGAGUGGGGAUAGGGGACGGGGCGGAGGCCAGCAAGAGAGAAGAGCUGACUGGAGUCGACAGGAGGAGCGUGAGGGGAAAAGAGGAGGAAGAAGAGAGAGUGAUAAGUGACAACAGCGCUCAAGAGAUGGCACAGUCUGUCGCAGGUACCCGAACCCCGCCAGGGGUGUACAAGCCAAAAGAGGAGGUGACAGAGGGAGAGCCGAGGUCACAAUGGAGCAGAAACGAGACCCACCGUUACCGACCAAACACCAUGGUGGAGGAUGGCAGCAGUACCCCCACAGUGGGCAGCUGGGGAGGUGAGGACUGUCAGGACAGGAGGACAGUGAUGAAAACUCUAGAGGAAUACACACAGGACAGAGCUGAAGACAGAGAGGACAAGCUCUUACUUGUACAGGUCCCUCGCUCCAAAUGGGAGAAGGAAGAGUCUGAGGGAGAAGGGCAAGACGAAGGAGAGAUCAAAGUUCAAACCGACACUCUUUCGGUGGCUCUGCCUACACCGCCAGUGACACAAACUAACAAGGAAACGGAGGGAGAGAAUGAGCGGAAGAGACCGAGGUCAGUGGAGAGGCAGAGAGACAGGGAAAGAGCGACGGAGAGAGGAAGGGACAGGGAGAAAGAGAAAAACUCCACUAUGGCCAAUUCAGCCAGAAGUGUGGCUCCCUCUAGUGGCAAAGACAGAACUGACAGUAGCUCGUGUACAGACAGAGACAGGGAUAGAGACAGAGGUAGGGAGCGUGAGAGACAGGAGAGGAGAAGCCAGAAGGAGAGCGAGAGGGCAAAAGAGAGGAUAAGGGACGAAGAGAGAGGGAGAGACAGGGAGAGAGAAAGAGAGCACAGCAGCAUCCUAAGGAGGAGUCUCCCUUCCUCUACUCACUACUCCUCUUCCUCUGCAUCACAUGACACAGAGAGGAGAGACAGGCAGCGAGGGGGAGACCAGGGCAGCAACAAGAGUCCUUCCCGUCCCAGUAGGAUCAAGGAAAUCAGUUUGAUAAGCAGAACUGCCGAAGCGCCUGAUCAAAAUACACAUAAAACGCACAAGGACACAUUACUGGACUUGAAAUCUAAAGGCAAAGAAGAGGAACAGAAAGGCCUUCAUGACUACUAUCAUCAUAAUCACAGAGACCCAACACAGCCCUGCAGACGUGAAGACGCACCUGCAGGGACCCGCCACUCCCCAUCUUCCCUCUCCCACAGCUGGGGUAAGGAGAGAGACCAGUUCCCCUCCAAAUCCCCUAGAAGACUCCAAGGAGAGUCAGAGCCCAGUAAGCCCAGAAUGAGCAGCCCUAAUCCUGAAUUAAUUCAUGUUGCCAGAUCUGAUCAGCCAAACACCUGGAGGUCCAUGAGCCAGCACGCAGCCUUACCCGCAGAGCCACCCAAAUCCAGCCAAGACACGACCAGCAGCUCAGAGAGAGAAAAAGAGAAGAGGGAGAACAGAAGGAGAAACGAUAGCAGGGAAGAGAAAGGGGAGUGGAAGAGAUACAAGCUGGAUAAAGUAAUAAAAGAAAACAAAGGGGAGAGAGAGACAAGAGAAAUUGAGACUGAGAGAGAACGAGGUAGUCAGUGGGAGGCUGAUGAAUUGGACGGAGAGCCAAAAUGGGGGGCAGGAAGAGAGCUGGAGGAGGGAGAGAGGCCCAGCAGCCGCAGCAGCAGCAGCGUCAGUUCUUCAGCAAGCCAGGGGAACAGCAGGGACGACAGGAGAAAAGACAGGAAGAAGAAGCAAAAGAAGCACAAAAAGGAGAGGAGACAUUCCGGCCCAGAGCUGGAGGAAGGUGAGCUGAAGAAACACAAGAAGAAGAAGUCAAAGAAAAACAAAGAAGAAAGCAAGGAGGAGAGUAGUGGAGAGGUGGACGACAGAUGGAAAGAGGAGGAAGACCACGCUAAGCUUCCUUUCUCUGUCCAAAAAGUGCCUGGAUUUAAUUUUUGACUUUUUUUUCCCCCCCGGGAUACUUUUUGUAUCACCUUAAUAUCUAAUAAAUGUGUUAUCUAAGAUUAAAUUGAACAAAUUGUGAAGGAAAAGCACUUUACUAUGGAUAUGAAAAAUGAAUGUGAAUGAAAGCAAAUGCUAAGAUCUUUGACCUCUUGAAUUAUUUAAAGUUCAAGGACUUUGCACACACUCACAACUUGCUCAGGACUGUCACCAACUGUGGUUCAUAUUUACUGAACCUCCAGUGUUGCAGCUUGCAUGAAGGAAUUUUCAUUUUGCCAAGAGGUCAGUCAGUCAUUUGAUUUGCCUCACACAGGAGUGCACAUAGAGGAUUGUUGGAUAAAGGUUUGUGAUAAAUUUAAAACAUAAACUGUGAAUAUUUAUGAUUUGAACCUCUGUGUUGUAUUUUAUUUUUCUUUUUAAUUUUGUAAAUGUUUAAUUUAAAAACCGCUGUUGGAUGGAUACAUGAUAUACCAGAGGAAAGUUUAGUUUUUCCUGUUUUGAAGGAAAUAAAAGAAACAUCCAUAAAAUGUUUUUUUUUCUGUCUGUAUUAAUGUCUUCUGCUGCUAUUUAGAGUUAGCAAGUAAUAGUAACACAAGUAACAUCUAAAAAAAGUAAAAAAUGUUAUGUGUACAUUGGAAAUAUGGAUUGCAGACAAUAAGAAAAUACAGAUUUUUCUUGAAUAAAAUAUUUCAAGAUUCAA